AUGGCACCCGCAAAUGCCAAAGCCAACUACAAAACCUACGAGGCUCAGGCCCGUAUGGUUCGCGCCAUCGUAGCCGCCCAUCCCGACGUCAAGUGGAACUACAAGGAAAUCGCCGCUUGUUACGGCUCUGACAUGACGGACCAUGCUUUGAAUCAUCGAUUCCGCAAGGUUCGGGCAACUGUCAGCAUCAUACAUGCAGCCCGUGAGCAAGGUCUUGAUGUCAAGGAUUUGACCACCGACGAAAACCUCCUCCCUACCACACAGGGAGCUAUUGACAAGAACAAUAUCGCCAAAUACUUUGGCCAAUCUACCGCAGAUGGCAUCCAGUUUCAGUUUCGGACCAUCAAGAAAGACGCCGAGGCUCUUCGUUAUGCCGCUAACAACGGCGGCGAUGUCGCCAACUGCCUCAGCCUUGGGACCGCGUCCGGGCUGCCCAACACUCCGUCCAAAUCGACUCCCUCGCGCCAGCCUGGAAGUCGAUCGGGCAAGGGAUCAAAACGCAAGACUUCUUUUACCCCCUUGAAUCCGAUCAAGCGUUCUGGCUCAGAAGAUGAAGACGACGAUGAGCUCAACUUUGAUGACAUGGAUCAUACUCCCUCAAAGAAAGUCAAGACAACUGGCCGUACUCCUCGUGGCCCUACACCCUCUCGUACAGCUGCCAGGAAGGCCGCUGCUACUAUCGCCGACGCUUCUGCGCAGUACAAUGACAGCGAGUCUCCGUACGAUGAUGCCCCUACUCCAACCCCAGGUCCUACUUCGGCUCCUGUCGGUUUCACUGCUGCAGCGCUCCCUUCUUCUGCGCCUGUUGCUCCAACCUCCAUCUUUGGCAACGUAGAGCGUAAGCCUCAGCCGUCCGUGGCCGAAAAUUCUGGCCUUGACAUGAUCAACUCAGUUGGCUUUGGAUAUCCCGACAUCUUCUCAGCCGCGGCAACCUACCGCGCUCCACCUCCCGAUGACUCGUCCUACAUGGAAUGGGGCGACGGAGAGAUCUGA